AUGACAAUACCUCCUCAGUCGAAUGCCUUAUUCCACUCAAUUAAGAAUAAAGAAGAAACAUCACUAAUCAACCGAGGCAGCUGUUACCUUACUCAUAUCAAUUUACACUUACUAACUGAUUAUCUGGCUUAUAGAAGUCUCAGUGUCUUAUUUAAAACAUGGAAUAUCCCUAAUAUCAAUGUGUACUACUACCAUCUGGAGGAAUACGCGAAUAAAGUAUCAUGGAUACCAAGUACACAUUAUUCUGGGAUAUUUGGUUUAUCGAAACUGCUGAUCCCAGAAAUUCUACCAGAUUCUGUUGAAAAAGUGAUAAGUCUUGAUAUUGAUCUGUUAGUAAAUUCUGAUCUUUUGGAACUUUGGAGGUACUUUGAUAAGUUCAACUCAUCCCAGAUGAUAGGAUUAGUUGCAAAUCAAAGUCCAUGGUAUUUAAGAAAAACCAAUAGAGUCGUAUGGCCUGCAUGGAGAUCGGGUUACAACACUGGUGUUAUGUUGUUACACCUUGAUCGUCUCAGAAAAUUUCAUUGGUCAGAACACUGGAGUAGAACAACAAAAUCUGCAUUGUUACGUAUAUCUCAUGCAAGUUUAGCAGACCAGGAUAUCAUUAAUACCGCAUUGGUAAAAUAUCCCGCAAGUAUUUAUGAGUUACCGUGUGAAUGGAAUGUACAACUCACAUCUAAUAUGAACACAGAAUUAUGUCAAAUUAUUGGGUUUGACGAGUCAUUCAGUAACCCCAGAGAAGGUGUCACUCUACACAGAUUUAACCGUCAAUUAAAAAUUGCUCAUUUUAACCAUCCAAUCAAAGCAGAUAUGAUUACAAUGAGUGAAAUUGCCGAUGAUGAUCCACUACGCCUUAAGUUGAAAAGACAAUUCGUUAGAAUGUACCGUUAUUAUCAAAAUCUUGAUGGAGUUUUAGUCAGAUCACCUGUAGAACCAACAACCUGUUCAACAUUCCCUGACUACAGUUCGUCUUUUCUAAAGUAUAAUGAAAUGAAUUCAGAAAAGAUUACAAUUGAAGGUUGUGAAGAAUUUCAAGAGGAUAUGAACGUGAAGCAUAGAAUACACCCGUACUUUUUACAUCAUAAUAUUUUAAAUGUGACAAGUCUGAAUAAAGAUAAUAUAACAAAUAUUGGAAAUAGUAUCAGCCUUGUUUCUCAACUCACUUUCGAUAGGAUACAUCGACUUGAAGAGCUUGCAGUCAAGUGGUUAGGACCAAUAAGUUUGGCGUUAUAUCUAACUGACAGGGAAGCAGCAUUGUUAGUAGAAUUUAUUACCAAUUCUAGAGUUUUACAAAAUCGUACAAAUAUUGGCUAUCACGUUGUCUAUGUGGAUGGGAAAUUUUAUCCUAUAAACACAUUACGUAAUAUCGCAAUAAAAUACUGUACAACAGAAUUUAUUUUUCAUAUUGAUAUUGAUUUCUUACCGCAAGCAAAUAUGAUACAGUAUAUUGGGAAUUCUAUUCAGCAGCAUUUAUCUCAAGAUAAUAAAUCAAAAAAUGUUUGUUUAGUGGUACCUGCAUUUGAAACUUUUAAAAAUCAUUUAUCAUUACCAGAAACAAAGGAGAGCUUGAUAAAAGCGUGGGAACUUGGUGAAGUUUUGCCAUUUAGGCAUGAAAUAUGGUCAGCUGGUCACAUGUCAACGAAUUACUCUCAUUGGAAAUCAGCGGAUAAUGAUUACGAAGUACAAUGGUCAGCUGAUUAUGAACCAUAUGUGAUUGUCUCACGAGAUGCAACGCAAUUUGAUGAAAAUUUCAUUGGAUUUGGUUGGAAUAAAGCUUCGUAUAUUAUGGCGUUAGAUGCAUUAGGUUAUAAAUUCAUUGUUUUAGCCAGUACAUUUCUUAUACACCUACCUCAUCCACCUAGUUUUGAAGUAUUUCGAUAUCGAAUGAACUCAGCGUAUAGAUCAUGUAUAGAUAAUUUGAAGCUGGAUUUUAUAAAGCGCUUAGCAAAGAAGCAUGGCGUACAAGCUUUGAAAUAUCUACAAUUUCGCAAAGAUUAACAUCGAGAUGAAAUAUUAAAAAAAAACGCAAUCAGGUUAACGCCAGUUUAUUUUUGCAACACAGAAAGAAACACUUCAAUCUACCAUGGACAACGUCAAUCCCC